UGACUCAAGGCUGGGCUAGAGAAGAAGGCAGCCCCAGAAGGAAAGUGCUGGAGCCCCCCCAGGCUUUCUUGGGAUCUCCUUUCACUGGCUGAGGGCAAAGAGCAACUGGGCGAUGGGUGCAGGUGCGAGUGCAGAGGCAAAGCACUCCCGGGAGCUGGAGAAAAAGCUCAAGGAAGAUGCCGAGAUAGAUGCCAGGACAGUUAAGCUGUUGCUUCUUGGAGCUGGAGAAUCGGGCAAAAGCACCAUAGUCAAGCAAAUGAAAAUUAUCCACAAGGAUGGUUACUCUUUAGAGGAGUGCUUGGAAUUCAUCUCUAUUAUCUACAGCAACACACUGCAGUCCAUGCUGUCCAUUGUGAGGGCAAUGAGCACACUGAACAUCCAAUAUGGAGACACAGCCAGGCAGGAUGAUUCCCGCAAGUUACUGCACUUAGCAGACACCAUUGAAGAGGGCACCAUGCCUAAGGAGAUGUCUGACAUCAUUGGUCGACUCUGGGAAGAUACGGGCAUCCAGGCCUGCUUUGAUAGAGCCUCAGAGUACCAACUGAAUGAUUCGGCUGGCUAUUACCUGAAUGACUUGGCACGGUUGGUGACUCCUGGAUAUGUCCCCACAGAGCAGGAUGUUCUCCGCUCUAGAGUUAAGACAACAGGGAUCAUUGAAACCCAGUUUUCCUUCAAGGAUCUCCACUUCAGGAUGUUUGACGUUGGAGGCCAGCGCUCAGAACGCAAGAAGUGGAUCCAUUGCUUCGAAGGAGUCACCUGCAUCAUCUUCAUUGCUGCUCUCAGCGCCUACGAUAUGGUCCUGGUGGAAGACGAUGAAGUGAAUCGCAUGCAUGAGAGCUUGCACCUCUUCAACAGUAUCUGCAAUCACCGAUACUUUGCCAUCACUUCCAUUGUUCUUUUUCUCAACAAGAAAGAUGUUUUCCAGGAAAAGAUCAAGAAGGCCCACCUCAGCAUGUGCUUCCCUGAUUAUGACGGGCCCAAUACAUAUGAAGAUGCAGGUGCCUAUAUCAAAGUCCAGUUCCUGGAACUGAAUAUGAGAAGGGAUGUGAAGGAAAUCUACUCGCAUAUGACCUGUGCCACUGACACAGAAAACGUCAAGUUUGUCUUUGAUGCGGUCACUGACAUCAUAAUCAAGGAGAAUCUGAAGGAUUGUGGCCUCUUCUGA